UGUGAGAGCUUGGUGGAAAUAAGGACGAUAUUCGUGGUGGAAAGUGUUUGAAAUGUUUUAAUAUGACAUAUUUUGCAUUUUAAAUACCAUCAAGGAAGGAUGAAUCAAUGUGAAGAGGAUGGAGAGUCACUCACCUGAACUCUGUGUAAAGAUCUGAGAAGGAGAUGAUACCAGAGCCCACAGCUUCAGCUGCAACCAGGGCUUCAAAGCAGAGGAAGAACUCUCAUGAUGAGGCGAACUCCUCCGCAGCUGUCAAUCAAUCAGAAGAUGAGUCGGGGAAUGAGAACAGACAAAAGAGUGCGAGACGGAGAAAAAGAGCACACACAGGCUCAGAGAAUGUCAAGCGCAAACGUGCUAAAGCCAGUGGCAGCAGCAGAGCAGGAGGCAGCGAACACGUGGAGGCCGUCACCCUGUUCCAGGUGCUCACCAUGGGCCGGAGCGCCAUGCAGACGGUGAUUGACGAUUGGAUCGAGGCUUACCAGAAGAACAGAGACACUUCUCUCCUCGAUCUCAUCAGCUUCUUCAUCCAAUGCUCGGGAUGCAAAGGUGUGGUCACAGCAGAGAUGUGUCAGAGCGGAGAGGACAGUGAGCUCAGGAGUAAGAUGGUGGAGGAGCUGGACGAGGUUUCUGGUCUGCAGUAUAAGAAGUUUCUGGCCUUCCCGUGGAUCCUCACAGUCACAUGGCCUCUGGACACAGAUAACGUGGAGUAUCCUCUGAUACAGUCUGGACCGGAGGCCCGCUGGUUCUCCUCUGAGUUCUGCGACUUUAUGUCGGUGCUGGUUUCUCAGUGUCAGCACAGCGUCAUUUUCGACAGCUACCUGAUGAACACCCUCAUCUCGCUGCUCACAGAGCUGUCAGACUCUUCAGUACGGGCCUUCAGACACACCUGCACACUAGCAGCCGUGAAGCUGCUGAGCUCUCUGGUUGCCGUGGCUUUGAGCCUGAGCGUCGGCCUUGAAAACAGUCAGAAAGUGUACGAGGUGCAGGAGAGGAAGACAAGGCAGAGAAGGAACGUGCAACAGGAGAGAAUAGAGAAGAAAGUCACAGAGCUGCAGGGGAAGAGAGCGGAGAUAGAGAGCAUGAUGGACAUUCUCUUUAAAGGAGUUUUCCUGAAAAGAUAUCGCGACGUGCUUCCAGAAAUCCGCUCUAUCUGUAUGGAGGAGUUGGGCUGGUGGAUGAAGCUCUACAGUUCUGCGUUUCUCAACGAUAGCUACCUCAAAUACAUGGGCUGGAUGAUGCACGACAAGAUUCCAGAUGUGCGUCUCAAGUGUGUGUUAGGUCUGCAGGGUUUAUAUGUGGAUCCUCAGCUCCUCCCUAAACUGGACCUGUUCACCAGCCGCUUCAAGGACCGGUUGAUCUCCAUGACUCUGGAUAAAGACAACGAGGUGGCAGUGCAGACCAUGAAGCUGCUGCUCCUCAUCUCCAGAACAUCAGAUGAUGCUCUCAGUCCAGAGGACUACCAGCAGCUGCUCCAGUUAGUUUACUCCUCACAGCGCCCCCUGGCGGCCGCUGCAGGGGAGCUGCUCUUCUCACGGCUUCUCAACACUGCAGGCCCUACAUCUGACACUGAGGAUGAAAUAAAUAAGGAGGAGGAGGUACAUAAACAACACACAUCCAGACUGAAGGCUCUGCUGCAGUUCUACCAGGAGUCUGAGCUGCACAAACAUGUGGUUUACCUGGUGGACAGUCUGUGGGACGUUGGUGCAGCCCUGCUGAAGGACUGGCCCACUCUCACAUCCAUACUGCUGCAGGACCCCUCCUCACACGCUCCAGGCCUCACUUGUGCAGAACAAGUUGUGCUUGUUGAGAUGCUGGUAGCGUCGGUGCGUCAGGCUGCAGAGGGACCAUCACUGGCAGGAAGGAGUGGAGCAAAGAAGGUAAUGAAUGCAAAGGAAAGGAAAAUCCAGAAUGAUGACUGUACCAAGCUCACUGAUCACUUCCUCGUGGUGCUUCCAAAGUUACUAUCCAAGUUUUCAGAGAGUAGUGACUGUGUGGCCUCCCUGAUGAAGAUUCCUCAGUUCUUCCUCCCUGAGUGUCCUGACUCUGACAACACACAGGCAGUAUCGGCUCUGACGGCAGAGAUGGAAACAGUUUUGGAGCGCCACGCUGGACCCUCUGUUCUGGAGGCGGCUGCCCGUACAUCCCUCAGUCUGUGUGGGGGGGGGACGGCCUCCAGCGCCACAGCCCGGGACGCCAGAGACUCUGUGGUGCAGAGCUGGGUGGAUCAGCUGACAGAGCUGCUGGGGGGCUCGCUGAAGGGUGACAGUUUCUCCGCUGAUGAGGAGAAAACUGGAGACAUUUUAGCCACACUGAAGAAACUCAGAGCUUUCCACAACUGUCACAACCUCCUCAGGUGGAACCUGUUUGAGCUGUUGUCUCCUCUCCUGUCAGUGGAGAGCAGUGAGGGAGGAGCACCGCCUGAGGUGCUGCUGGAGGUACUGCAGUGUCUCUCUUCCUGCAUGAUCUGGUCCCUCAGCACCAGUACCGACACAUUAACCUCCAGAGAGAAGGCCGUGGCCCAGAGGCUCCAGCUGCGUCUCUUCUGUGAGCGAGGUCACCACUGUCUCUCCCGCUCUGACCCCAGGGUGCAGCAGCAGGCCUUCCUGGGAGUCUGUGACGUUCUGACGGCUCACUCCUUCCAGCUGCAGGUGUUGGACCCCAGCUGCUUCGGGCCUCUGCUCUACACCCCCAGUCCCAAACUGCAGAGGGCGCUCUCCACCUUCGUGUGCUUGCACGUCUUCACUGGACCAGACCGUGAGAGCCAGAGCGGGGUCGGUGGGAACUCUGAGGAGGAGAGGCUGGAGGAGCUACACAAACGCAGAAAUAUGCUGGCAGCCUUCUGCAAACUCAUCGUGCAUCGAGUUCUGGAGAUGAGCAUGGCAGCUGAGGUCUUCAUUUACUACAUGAAGUACUUCAACGAGUUUGGAGACAUCAUCAAGGAGACGAUGUGCCGGACCAGACAGAUGGAUAAGAUAGAGAGCGCUCGCACUCUGGUGCUCUGCUUGCAGCAGCUGUUGGUCCGUCUGAAGCGUGAGCAGGAGAGCGGGGGGGCUCACCCGGGGGUCCAGACCUUCACCAGCAUCAGAGAGCUCGCCCGGCGCUUCGCCCUCAGCUUUGGGGACCAGUUCAAGUUUCGUGAGUGUGUCGUCAUGAUCCACAGGAACGGCAUAGAGUUUGUGUUCAGCGAGUUCAGUCAGACGGCAGAAACACCUACUCCGCCGUACCUCUCCUACCUGCCCAUCCUCAGUGAGUUCUCCAGCAAACUGCUCAAACCAGACAAGAAAACAGUGUUCUCCUACCUGCAGAAGCACACAGCAGAGAAGGUUAUUGACCUCAGGGAGGAGAGCUGGCAGCCGCUCCUCAACUAUCGAGCCUCCCUGCUGGCUGCAGCUGAAGGGGAGGAUGCCGCGUCGUACGUUAGCUCUGACAGGAAGUACCUGCCCAGUCGCUCCAAACUAAAACUAGAAGGAUGCAAGUCCCCCUGCCCGUUGAGCCCUUCUGACUCCAAAGUUGCUAAAGUUAGAAAGUCCAGCUUCAGUCCAAGCCAUCAGGAAAAGACAGCAGACACGGAUCCCUUUUCCCUCCCCGUGGAGCCUCCUGCAAAGAGAUCCAACAUCCAGGGAACUGUCCUCAGCAUCCUCAACGAGGAGGACGACGACACUGUGGAAGUUGAACUGUAGCAGUUAGUUUGUUGGAGGAUAGGACCUCACACAUUUCAAAGGGGCUUUCCUUUUUUCUGUCUCAGUAAUUAUGUGAGGAAAUACCGGCAACCCAUCCCCCUCUACAGUCCGGUUAAUACAGGUUUGUUUAAACACAGUACAAUAUGUUCAAUAUAAGGACACGUCUGCUACAUCCAGAUUGUUUUUUGUAUCAACAAAUCCCACAAAAACACUUCAGCCAAUAGGAAUUUAUUAAUUGUGCAGAGAGAAGCUGAUAUAUUCUAUUAUUGUGCCAUAAAUCCACAUUUUGAACAGGAUUGUUACGCAUAAAUAAGACACAUUGCACUAAAUCACAUGUUUCUACAUUGUAAAGACAUGGGAAUUGUAUUUGACUUUGAAUCACGUGUCCCCUCCGGCUGCUGGAAACACUGAUUGGAGCAACACAUAUGUAUUUAUCCACAGCAGACAAAUGCACUUUCACUGCUGAUUGUUUUGUUACAGAGCCUAUUCAAAA